AUGGGUGUCUUUAUGUUCAUCUGCAAACAGGACGGCGGCAGCUGGACCGCUAAGCAGUACGCGGCCAAGGAGGAGGACAACAAAGACCUCACCGCGGAGGGGUCGGAUCUCUACUCGCUCGGCCGGAAGCUCGUGUCGCUCGCCAUCGAGAACUCGUCGGGCGGCGGUGUCACCUCCUUCUUCUCCUACACCACGCCCAACGCCGGUGUUUAUGAGGGUAAACUCGAAAGACUGCACGCAUUAUAA